AUGGAAAGAGAAAAAAGGACUCCAAAGGUUUCACCCAAAGUGGUUGCUCUAAAGAUUCCAGCAAAGAAGAAGUCUCCACAAAGGCUUGUAGAUGAACCUGUGCUUAAUCCAACGGAUCUAAUUCAGCAAGGUGUUGACUUGAUGAAAAUGACACUUGAUGAUUUUGUGAAGCAAAGUGAGGGUGCUAAAGCUGCAAAAGAAGCUGCAAAUGAAGCUGAAACUUCUGCAAAGAAUGUUGAAGCUGAAGGUGUUGUUGAAAGUGAUCCAAGUGAGACAAAACCUGAAUAUGAUACAUCAAAGUUGGGCGUUGGAAAGACAAAGUUAAAGUUCAAGCCUCAAAAGAAAAAGAAAGGAUCAGAUAAGGAAGAUGCGACGUAUAUUCCAACUCCAGAAGAGAAAAAGAAAGUUAUUAGAAAGCGUAAAGCUAUUCCUACAGGUGUUAUUCCAAGGAGUGUUAGAGCAAGAAAGGGAGCAGCAACAAUACCUGAAAUUCAAAGUGUUAAAGCUCGAGAAGUCGAAAAACAUGUUGAAACUACAAGCAUUCCAGAGGUCAAAAAGGAUCAAAGUGUUGAGAAACCUGAAGAAGAAUCAAAGAAAGCUCCUGAAAGUCCUAUCUUUGAAAGAGUUGAGAAGAAUGAUGAAGAUGAAGUGGAGUUCAUGGGUGAAAGGCCAUCUACACCACCACCACCACCACCGGUCAAUCCAACUAUUCAUAUUCCAGUUGAUCCUAAAGAGCCGCCAUCUGCAAAAAAGGCAACUACUUCAAGUUCAAGCCAAGGUUUUCCUACGUUUCCUGAUAAUCUUGGACCAGGACCUAUAAGUUUGGAUGACGUUGGUGAUUUAUUCAAUGAAGGUAAGAUAAAUCUUCUCACAAAGAGAGUGAGUCUUCUUGAAAAAGCUAAAGCAAAGGCAGAAGCUGAACGUGAUGAAUUGAAGGAAAAGCUUGAGAAAAUGAAAGCAGAGAAUGCUGAAUUAAAGAAAGCGGUGAUUGAUCAUGCUGAUAGAAUUGAUGAGUUGACUGAUGAUUAUAAAGAUCAAGCCAAAGUCAUUGAUAGAAUCACUGCUGAGUUUGAUGAAAUGAACGAAAAGUAUGAGCUGAUGAGUGAAACUAACAAGACACUCCAUCAAAUGAUCGGUGAGCUGCAUGAAUCUUCGUCAAAUGAAAACAAAAUUCUGAGGCAAGAGAUUGAAGCCUAA